GUCCGGGGAAGUGGGACUCUAGCAUACCUCGCGCAGACAAACCGAACACGUUCCGAAGAGGAAACUAUCGGAGAGAUCAUUUAACUUUUUCGUUUAUUUUGCGAGUUGUCACUGGUGACGGGUAUGCCAAUCUGAAAAGAGCUGAAAAGGCUAAACAUGUGGCAAAGGAGGCCUCUAAUCUAAUCACAUAUUAAGUUGACAUCUCUUGAUCACACUCCCGAAUUGCCUAGACCCCCUGAUUCCGGCCUCACCAUGCAGGAUACUGAGCCCUGCGUGUACCAGCUGCAGCCCAACAUCAUCUCGGUCCGGCUGCUGAAGAGGAAAGUGGGGGGACUGGGCUUCCUGGUGAAGCAGAGGGUGAGCAAGCCGCCCGUAAUCGUUUCGGACCUCAUCAGGGGCGGGGCCGCAGAGGAGUGUGGCCUGGUCCAGGUAGGCGACAUCGUCCUCGCCGUCAACAACAAGCCCCUGGUGGACCUGAGCUACGAGCGAGCGCUGGAGACGCUGAAGAAUGUUUCGCCAGAGAGCCACGCCGUGCUCAUCCUCCGGGGCCCGGAGGGCUUCACCACCCACCUGGAGACCACUUUUUCUGGGGAUGGGAGGCAGAAGACGGUGAGGGUGACCAGGCCCCUGUACCCGGUCUCCAAGUCCUUCGACUGCUCACCUACCAGUCUACAAGCGGGCAAGGAACAGCUGAGGGCCAUCGAGAACCUCUCCCCUGCCCGCGAGCAGAGGCCCCUAAUCCAGAUCAACAGCGUGGUCUCUUCCCUCAUCGCCCAGGAGCCCCUAGACGCCGACUGCCACGCCCUGCUCAAUGGGGUGGAGGAAAACAACGACCUCCUCAGGGAGAUCGAACCCGUACUCAAACUCCUGAAGACCGGCAAACGCGACAUCAACGGGGAGGGCCAGAAGGUGGUGGAGAGGAGAGACGCCGAGGUCCAGGUUGACCGCGAUCUUGGCCUGGGAAACGGCAAGUCCCCGCAGCUGGUCUCCGAUAACGACAGAGUGUUCGACGACCUCUGGAGGAGGGACAACAUGCCGACUGUGCUCAACAACCCGUACUCGGAGGCUGAGAAGCCGCAGUCUCAUGGAGGAAUGUCCCCCACGAAGGGCUUGCAGAACUGCAGCCCGACCAAAUGCCCACGCUUCAUGAAAGUCAAGAACUGGGAAACGGGGACCACCUACAAUGACACGCUAUAUCAAAACUCCGGCCAGGUUCCGAUCUGCACUGAGAACGUCUGCAUCGGGUCCAUGAUGAUACCAAACCAGAACAGCCGGAAACUGGAUGAGGCCAGAACCAAAGAGGAGCUUCUUCCCUUGGCAACUGAUUUCAUUGACCAGUACUACACCUCCAUAAAAAGGUUCGGCUCCAAGGCCCACACAGACAGACUGGAGGAGGUGACCAAGGAGGUGGAGAGCACCGGGAGCUACCAGCUGAAGGACACAGAGCUGAUCUACGGGGCCAAGCAUGCCUGGAGGAACGCUUCCCGCUGUGUGGGCAGGAUUCAGUGGUCCAAGCUCCAGGUAUUUGAUGCCAGGGACUGCACCACUGCUCAUGGGAUGUUUAAUUACAUCUGCAAUCACAUCAAAUACGCCACCAACAAAGGAAACUUGAGGUCUGCCAUCACCAUAUUUCCUCAGAAGACAGAUGGCAAACAUGAUUUCCGGGUGUGGAACAGCCAGUUGAUCCGAUAUGCUGGCUAUAAGCAACCGGACGACUCGGUUCUGGGGGACCCAGCCAAUGUGGAGCUGACAGAGAUCUGCAUACAGCAGGGCUGGAAGGCCCCGCGGGGGCGUUUCGACGUGCUGCCUCUCCUUCUCCAGGCCAACGGCAACGACCCCGAACUCUUCGAACUCCCCGCCGACCUGAUUCUGGAGGUGCCGAUCACGCAUCCAAAGUUUGAGGGGUUUAAAGACCUAAAUCUGAAGUGGUAUGCGUUGCCUGCAGUGUCCAACAUGCUUCUGGAGAUCGGAGGGUUAGAGUUCACAGGCUGCCCCUUCAGUGGCUGGUACAUGGGCACGGAGAUUGGUGUUAGGGACUUCUGCGACACCUCCCGCUACAACGUCCUCGAGGAUGUGGCCAAGAUUAUGGCUCUGGACACCAGGAAGACCUCAUCGCUGUGGAAGGACCAGGCUCUGGUGGAGGUCAACAUUGCUGUCCUCUACAGCUUCCAGAAUGCGAAGGUGACCAUCGUGGACCACCACUCCGCCACAGAGUCCUUCAUGAAGCACAUGGAGAAUGAAUUGCGGGUUCGGGGGGGUUGCCCUGGCGACUGGGUCUGGAUUGUCCCCCCCAUGUCCGGGAGCAUUACCCCCGUGUUCCACCAGGAGAUGCUCAACUACCGUCUCACCCCAUCCUUUGAGUACCAGGUGGAUCCAUGGACCACUCAUGUGUGGAAAGGUGUGAAUGGAACACCAACCAAAAGGCGAGCCAUUGGCUUCAAGAAACUGGCAAAGGCUGUAAAAUUCUCGGCUAAGCUCAUGGGUCAGGCCAUGGCAAAGAGAGUCAAAGCCACCAUCUUGUAUGCCACGGAAACUGGAAAAUCGCAGGGUUACGCAGAGACCCUGUGUGAGAUUUUCAAGCAUGCUUUUGAUGCAAAGGUGACAUCAAUGGAUGAAUAUGAUGUGGUGCACCUGGAACAUGAAACGCUUGUGUUAGUGGUGACCAGCACAUUUGGUAAUGGAGACCCACCGGAAAACGGAGAGAAAUUUGGUGGAGCAUUGAUGGAGAUGAGACAUCCCACUUCGAACAUGGAGGACAUGAAGAGCUACAAGGUGCGGUUCAACAGCGUCUCAUCGUACUCUGACACCCGCAAAUCUUCAAGUGACGAGCCGGAGCCAAAGGUCGACUUUGAGAGCACCGGACCGCUGGCCAAUGUCAGAUUCUCUGUGUUUGGCCUGGGAUCGCGUGCCUACCCACACUUCUGCGCCUUCGCUCACGCCAUGGACACCCUCUUUGAGGAGCUGGGUGGGGAGCGCAUCCUUCGCAUGGGGGAAGGGGACGAGCUCUGUGGCCAGGAGGAGUCCUUCAGAACCUGGGCCAAGAAAGUCUUCAAGGCUGCGUGUGACGUCUUCUGUGUCGGUGAUGAGGUGAACAUUGAGAAGGCGAACAAUUCGUUGAUCAGCAAUGACCGCAGCUGGAAGAAGAACAAAUUCCGUAUGACUUAUACUGUGGAAGCGCCUGAGCUAACCCAGGCACUAUACAAUAUUCACAAGAAGAAGGCUUACAGAGCGAAACUUCUGUCACGAAAAAAACUGCAAAGUCCCAAAUCCAAUCGCUCCACAAUCUUCCUUCAGCUCCAUGCAAAUGACCACGAAGGGUUGAGGUACCAGCCCGGAGACCACCUGGGCAUCUUCCCGGGAAACCACGAGGACUUGGUGACUUCACUCAUCGAUAAACUGGAAGACGCUCCACCUGUCAAUCAGAUCAUCAAGGUUGAGUUCUUGGAAGAGAGAAAUACUGCACUGGGUGUGAUCAGCAACUGGACAGAUGAGAGUCGCAUCCCACCAUGUACCAUCUACCAGGCCUUCAAAUACUUCGUGGACAUCAUUACUCCACCCAGCCCCCUCCUGCUGCAGCAGUUUGCCGCACUGGCCAGCAAUGACAAGCAGAAGAAGAAACUGGAGAUUCUUAGCAAGGGUUUGCAGGAGUACGAAGAGUGGAAGUGGUACAACAACCCCACCAUGGUGGAGGUUCUGGAGGAGUUUCCCUCCCUGCAGAUCCCCUGCACCCUCCUGCUGACCCAGCUGUCCCUGCUUCAGCCGCGGUACUACUCCAUCAGCUCCUCUCCGGAUACUUUUCCUGGGGAGAUCCACCUGACUGUGGCCGUCGUGUCCUACCGCACUAGAGAUGGAGAUGGGCCAGUCCACCACGGUGUGUGCUCCUCCUGGCUGAACAGCAUCGAAACGGACGAGAUGGUUCCGUGUUUCGUUCGAGGCGCUCCGACCUUCCGAAUGCCCAAAGACCCCAAACUUCCUUGCCUCCUGGUGGGACCUGGAACAGGCAUCGCUCCAUUCAGGAGCUUCUGGCAACAGAGACUGUAUGAUUAUGAACACAAGGGAAUUGAUUUCUGCCCCAUGACUCUGGUUUUUGGAUGUCGGCAGUCCCAGAUCGACCACAUCUACAAGGAGGAGACGAUUCAGGCCAAAAACCAGAGGGUGUUCCAAGAGCUGUACACGGCGUACUCUCGAGAGCCCGGAAAACCAAAGAAAUAUGUCCAGGACGUGCUUCGCGAGCAGCUCUCUGAGACGGUUUACACCUGCCUGAAGGAACGUGGCGGACACGUCUACGUGUGCGGGGAUGUGACCAUGGCCGGGGAUGUUUUGAAGACCAUCCAGCAGAUCAUUAAGCUGCAGGGCAACAUGUCGCUGGAGGACGCCGGCUUCUACAUCAGCAAAUUGCGAGAUGAAAACCGGUACCACGAGGAUAUCUUUGGCGUUACGCUACGCACGUAUGAGGUUACCAACAGGCUGCGGUCUGAAUCCAUUGCUUUCAUCGAGGAGAGCAAAAAGGACUCUGAUGAGGUGUUCUGCUCAUAGGACUGUGCUGAACUUCCACACUUCUUCUGGAGGGUACCACUGGGAUGAACUGUUGGGAGCCAAGUAUUCCCGGAGCUAGACAAAGAUACUGUGCCAAGUUUUAUACUGUAAACAAAUAAAUUACCUGCAAUUAUUUUCUACCAAUUAUGCUUUGUAAUGGUCAGGCUGUGCACUUUGUCUGUGGUAUCUCAGUUAUUUUAUUUAUCUUACUUUCCAAAAUGUAUGUUUUAUUUUUCAAAUUAAUCUGUUUUAACUGAUUUAUGGAGCAAUGUUUUCCCAUCAUAUGACUUGUAUCUCAGUGUCAAUGCAUGAGCAAGACAACAAUAUUCUUCAUAUAUUAAAUGUUAACUGUUUAAUAUGAGCGCCUUUUCUGAAAGUGCAGCAUUUAGGGUAGCUAAAGAAAAUUGGAAAGGAUGAAUGGUGUGAGUUAGUUCAAUCAUUGAGGACACAAAGGAGAAUCUGUCUUUAUUCAGGAGGGAUUUUACAUCAAUGUUUUGAUGUUCCAAUAAGAAAGGAACGGGUUGACCGAGUGCUACUUCAGUUUUGAUGCGUGUUGAUAAUACCUUGGAGGCAGGUUAUGCUUCUAAUAUAAUUAUAAUGGAAACAACAUACUAACAUGCUCUAUAUGCGUAUUACAUCAUGUAUUGAAAGUCUCAAAUUUCUAUGAAUAAGACUAUGGAAUAUCUCAUUUUUGGCACAUUCGACUAUUCAGGACAGCAACAAUAUCCAAUAGCAUGCUGACAGCCCAUCAAAAUCUGCCUGUGCUUUUGUCAGUUUUUUUCUACCUGCAUGUCUGUACUGUUGUCAGAAUUAAGCAACUUUUUAUUUCCUGAAUCCAGUGUUGCGUUACAGCUGUGGUUGCAGAAUCAUGCUUGGCAGAUGCCACUGCCUUUUCUAGUGCAGGGAAUGGCUAAAUUACUGUACCGCUCAACAUUGCUGUCAUUCAUGGAGCUGUGGGGAAAUCUGUUCCUCAUACAUGUUGCGUUUUGGAAAUGAGGAAGUCCGAGGCAUGCCUGCCUGAUAGCCUUCCUACUGUUUUGCCACAAGGAAUGACAAAGAUUCAAAUAAUGCUGCUUAUUAAUCAAUGGCCGAGUUACACUUUGAUCUCAAAAGAAUCAGGUAUUCGGUAUGUCGUUUCAGGAAGAGAUAAGCAUUUGAUGUUUUUUCUUGCUUAUUUUCCCUUAAUCUGUGGUUAACCGACAGCCAGGUGAAGGACUUUGCGUGGGCAACUUACCGUAUCUCUGCUUCCAACUUUAUUUAUGAGGGGGGUGGUUCAGUGCUGUUUGAUUGGCUGAACAGCUGUCACUCCUCCUUGUCAACGGAAGCUGUGAGAGGAAUGGGGGAGAUAUCUGCUUAAUGAGGGGACCACAAAGGAAGAUUUAAAGGCCAAUAAGCGAGUGGCUGUGGCCGUAGGAAGUCCCUUUUGACUCCUAUGAGCCCAUAACUCUUGUACCUCUCUAUGGGGUCCCCAACAUUUGUCAUGUCCAUCUGGUCCUCUGAGCCAUGAAUCUUCAGUUUUCAGGACGGGAUGAGAAUGUACUGGGGACUGACUAUUGCCUUACAUGAGAGUAGCUGAUGCUCUUUCCCUCCAUCUUGAGGUCUUCUCCCUAUGCUUGUAACUGCAGUAGUCCUGAGUGAAUCAGGCUGUCUUGUGAUGGCUUGUGAACCUCACACAUGUGGUUGCCAUGGUACUUCUAUGGCUUUCCUCCCUGUCUCAUAGAUGCACCCUGGACAACCCCUUCCCCUCUGUGCCUGCCUUAUGUUGGAUAUAUUUACGUAGUGCAUAUCCACUCACUAGCCGCUCAGUUACCUCUCUUUGACGAUAUAAAGAAAGACACAUACAGGCUUGUUUUAUGUCUCUUGUAAAGCUUUCCCCUGACAUGUUUUAAUGUGCGUGUCAGUCAAGGCUGCCAUGUACUGUUCGUGGUUUCUGAUAUGCACCAGCUUGGAAUGCUAUCCCUCCUGCAAACAUAACAGCUUAACAGCCAAAUACUCUUCCCCAAAUUAAAAAAAACUAUUACUAAUAAUAAUCCUGCUUGGCCUUCAGCCCUUAUCCUAAAGAGCAGCCAAUAUAUUAAAGACUGUGUUCAUCUCCUUUUCUUAAAAUUGCAAACAUCAAUGCAUGCAGAGUGUCUCUUGUAAUUUAGCCUUUUUUUUUGGUGACUAUUUUGUUAAAUCUCUGCCUUUUGUAUAGGGCUUUGAUAAGUCAACCCAAUGCAAUGUUCAUGUGGUUUGACCUAUGGUUCAAAGGUUUAUUGUAAUUAUUGCUGAUCACAGUUUUUCUUGUUUAUUAUUUGCCUCUUCUAUGUCCUUAACCUGUGUUUUAUUUGUGGUGAAAAGAAUUUGCCUCUGGUAGGACAGAAGCUCAAUGCAUUUUAAGAAGCUUUAUGAAUUGUUGUGCAAAUGGCCUAUAUACAGUCCCCUCAAAAUGUAUUUGAACAGCAAGGUCAAUUCUUUUGUUUUUGCUACACACUGAAGACAAUUGAGUUUGAGGUCAAAAGAUGUACAUGAGAUGAUGGAUCUGAAUUUCAGCUUUUAUUUCCGGGUAUUUAUAUCUAGAUUGUUAAACAACUAUGCUCUAAGUAGUUUAACACAUCUAGGUGUAAAUACCAGGAAAUAAAAGCUGAAAUUCGGAUCCGUUCAUCUUUUUAUCUCAUUCCCAAAUGUAUUCAGUGUAUUGCAUAAACAAAGGAAUUGGCUUUGCUGUUCCAAUACUUUUUGAAGGGACUGUAAAUUACAUUUUCAAUUGAAAACUUUUUUCCAGUGAGAGAACAGCCAACUUUGAUAAUUGUAUGCAUUUCUCACUGAAAAUAUGUUUACGUUUCUUUAUUUUGAUUGGAACGAGAACCGUUGAAACUCUGUGAUGUAAAAUGUGCAAAAAAAAAAAAAGAUUUACAAAGGCAAAGAAACUAAGUAAAAAUAAACUAUAUGAGAUCUUUUUUUAAGAAUGUAUUUUGGUUAUAAAUAUCUAUUUGUCUUUUCUGUGUGGGAAAAAAAUAGAGAAAAAAAGCUUCUGUAUUUCAAAUCCUUUAAAUAUUGGAAAUUACAACAGAGAUCUGACUGCAUGAUGUAUGCUGUGAUGUUUAAAAGAUGCUAUGUACUGUAUCUUUUCCAGCACUAUCUAUAUGACUAUCAUAACUGCAUUCACCCUCUCAGAUUGGACGGUAAUGUGCUUAAAAUAUAUUAAUGUUUAUUUCACUGCUGAUAACAGCCUCUGCAGUGCUCCUUUUAUUGUGAAAUUUAUCAACCUUGAACGUUUACCAUAUAUUGCAUACUGCAAAGACUUUGCAUUGACUUAAUAAAAAACAUUUCUAUGUCAAAAA